UUCCAUAAAAGAGGGAACAUUUGGGCCACAGGAGACAUAGAUCGAGAAAGACACCACACAGACCUGAAAGCGGCAAGCGGCUUGGUGAAGUCAGCAUGAGGCGCACCACAACCCGCGUGCCAGGGGAGAUACCUCUGCUCCGUGUACAUAGCCCCAGAGGAGAUGGAGCUGGGGGAGACCCAGAACCACAUGCAGACCUGGAAGAAGCAGGGGGCCAGAAGAGAUGGAGAUGCCAAGGAACACUUGGGCCUGGAGAGAGACCUGAGCUAAAGGCCCCUGCAUCCAUGUGGCCCCUGAGAGAACGAGCUGACAGGGGCUGGCAGUGGACCGAGAGAGCAGCUGCCCCGGGACCUGGAGAGAGGCCUGAGCUGAAGGCUCCUACAUCCAUGUGGCCCCUGAGGGAAAGAGUUGACAGGAGCUGGCAGUGGACCGAGAGAGCAGCUGCCCCGGGAGCUGGAGAGAGGCCUGGCUUAAAGGGCACAGCAUCCAUGUGGUCCCUGGAAAGAAGUGGCCAGCGUCAGUCGAGGAUGCUGAAUCAGGAGCAGAGUUCCCAGAUGCCGCAAGGUGAAGGAAAAGUGAUGCAGCAGGGAAUGGCCCAAUUGAGCGGCAACGAAGCAUCGGGCAACACCGGGGAGCCAUAUGUCCCAACCCUCCCCUUUAUGGGCCAUGGGGCCACUGUGGCUCCAGGAGAUGAAGGUGAACAGUCAUCUCCCUAGCAAGCCCAAGCUAAACAGGGCACUACCCCAAGGGCCAGCGCUUCCAAGCUCAGUAGGGUAGCAAUGAAAAAAUAGAGUACAAUAAGACAGGAUUGUACCAUGGGGGGGGGGGGCAGGGAGGGGGGGGGGGGAGGAGGAAGGGGAAGUCUUCCUACUGUCUAGGAGUUAAGAUACAAAUACUUUCAAUCUUUUUCUUGCAUAAAGAAAACCUUUUCUCUCAUUAAUGCUUUGUUAGAUGCGUGUAGGGAAAUGAAGUCACUUGUUGGAGGAGGGGAAGAUGCAAAAUCAAUCAAAUACUAAAGUUUCUAGAGUUACCCUGGAUGUGGGCAUGAGCUAAGGAGUUUUUUUUAAAAAAAUAAGACAGAUGUUUUCCCUGAGAAAAGACACAAGAUUUUGAGGGAUAAUCCCAAAACUGUAUCUAAGUCCUUGUGGAGCAAGGGAGGGAAAAGGAGAUGGGGGAGAGGAAGGAGAAGGGGGAGGGAGAAGAAGAGAAGGGAGAAGGGGAGAAGGGAGGGGAAAGAGAACGGGGG